CUUAGUUCCUUAUUAGUUCAUUAUACAAUGUUUAUUGUUAUCUUAAAAUGUUAGUAAAUGUGAAAAUAAUCCAUUGAAUAAUGACGUCUUAGAUGAUUAAUUUAUAGAAAAAAACUUAAAUAUAAAUCAGCUGAUCGUGACAAAUCAACCUUAAUGACGUCAAUGUCAAAAGUUUGGGCGGCAAAUUUAAAAUCGACCCCUAAUAUUGGAGGAUUCAAUAUUUCAUAAGACGCGUUAUAUUUACGCUCAAUAAUAUUAUGGUAGAUAUGUAAUCAGUGCGGAGUCUUACAUCAGUCCCGCGCGUCAAACCUUAAAGAUAAUAAUUAUCAUAUUGUGUAUUUAUUCGGGUAUUAUUUUACAUAUUUUUAUAACAUUUAUUGCAGUAUAGAAAAAUAUACUCAUUGUAUAUUUUUCUUGAUUGUAAUCUUAUUUAAUAAGUGUACAUUAAUAAGUGAUCUACUUGUAUUGGUGUUGAAUCUCUACUGCAUAAAAGUAUUAUAUAGAGAAAAGGGCAUAAUAGAAAAGACCACAUCACACACACACAUACACAAAAAAAAAUGGAAUUUGCCAUUGGAGGUACCGCCGCAAUGGCCGCAUGCCUCUUCACCAACCCCUUAGAGGUCCUCAAAACUCGCAUGCAACUACAGGGCGAGCUGAAGGCCAAAGGGCACGCGGUCCACUACAAAAACGUAUUUCAUGCCGGUUACGUGGUGGCCAAAAACGAGGGUGUGCUCGCCCUCCAGAAAGGCUUAGUGCCCGGACUGUGGGUGCAACUGUUCUUAAACGGGGCGCGAUUGGGGGUGUACGGGGUGGCCGACUCGUCCGGUUAUCUUAAAGACGAGAAGGGCGACGUGCGAUUUUUCAGGACGUUGACCAUAGUCGGGGCAGGAGCUAUGCUGGGAAACUAUUUGGCGAGCCCUUUAUUUUUAGUGAAAACUCAGCUACAGUCGCAAGCGAAUAAAGCGAUCGCUGUGGGACAUCAGCAUAAGAUUACUGGAACGUUUCAGGCUCUUAUCGAUAUUUAUAAAGCUAAUGGGGUUAAAGGACUUUUUCGAGGAUCUCUUUCAACGCUCCCCAGGGCUUUCGUAGGCGGAUCAACGCAGCUGUUGUUCUUCGACUACACCAAGCAGUUCCUCAAUAAGUUUAAUGUGACAGAAAGUCCUCUGCUUAAGUCCUUUAUAGCCAGCAUGGUUGGAGGAGUUGGGAUUAGUGUCAUGAUGAACCCUUUUGAUCUUAUUAUGACCAGGUUAUAUAACCAACCGAUAGACGCCUCCGGAAAAGGUCUGCUGUACCACAGCUACUUCGACUGCGUAAAAAAAAUAAUAAAAUCCGAGGGAGUAUUGGCGUUUUAUAAAGGAAUAGGGCCGACGUACUUCAGACUGGGGCCGCACACGGUUCUUUGUUUGGUGUUCUUUGACGAAUUAAGGAACUUGGUCGACAAGUACUUGCCGCACGAAAAGAAAAUUCAGAAUGUGUGAAAACGGCAGUGCGGCUUUGCUCAUCGGAUCUCUUUGGAAAAUAACGACCCUGCCACCCUUGUCUCCGGUGGCCAAUAGUUCCCCGUCAUGGUUGAAUUCUACACAAGAAAUGAUAUCCGCCUCGGUAACGUCAUCGUCUAAGGUUCCCUUUACUUGCGAGAAGCACCAUUGGGUUUCUCCAUUGCCUCCUAGAAAAUGAAAACUAUUAAAAAAAGAGUUAAAAGCUGUUAAAAGAUGCAGAUGUUACAACACUGUUUUUGUUUAAUUACUUUACCCAGAAGGAGGUAAAGAAUACCUAGAUUGCAUUUUAGAUAUCCUUAAUUAUUAAACUUAGUAAUAGAGAAAACCCAUUUUGUUUGUUUUUCAGAGAAUGGACAAUGAAGGUAACUAGUUUCAAACUAUUAUGUAUUAACGUAAAAUGAAGAUCCUGCAGUCUCCCUCCACUUAUUUAUUAAACAUUUAGUUAUUUAAAAUGCCCUACAUGUUUCGGACACAGUGGUGUCCAUCAUCAGGGGGUAAAAGGUUUAAAAUUGGUAUUAGAUAUAUGCCCCAGGGUUUGAUUCCAUGUCAAAAAAAACCCUCUAUUUAUUAUUAUUUUUUUUUUAAUUUUAUUUAUUUACAUUCUAUUGUUGACAAGCACCGAACAGUAUGCUAAAAAAUAUAUAUUUUAACUGGGAGACUGCAGGAUUUUCAUUUUACCUUAACCUACGACUCCACUGUAAUAAGCAGGCUUUUUUAACAUUGUACUAUGUCAACUUGCAUUAAUUUUUUGUGUUAUAGUAUUGUCAACUGGUAUGUAAGUUCACUGGCUUCCAGAGUAUUUUUAAUUCAAGAGUAUGCAUUUAGGAUGAAUAGCAGCAUUGGGUAUAGAGUAUCAAAGAAAAAAAGGUACCUACUUUAAUUGUAGUAUAUAAUUACGAAGUACUUUUGUUUAUAAAAAUAGAUUGUUUUUUAAGCAAAUAGUUCUCUACAAAAGUCUGUAUACAAUACAUGUAGGCGCGAACAUCUUUUGUCAACUUCUUCUGCACACUGAUCAAAAAAAUAUUAUUUAUAAUGCCUGUAAAAUUUGUAACCAUAGACUUCCCAAAUAUAUUUUUUUUCGAAAAAGCUAAAGCAAUAUUUACUUGAAGGGAAUUGUUACUCCUUAGAUCAGUUUUUUCCAUGAUUGGUACUUGGAGGCUUUAUAUUUAUAUGAUAGGUGACAGUCUUAUAAUAUUUAAGUUUAUAUAAUAACUGAGGAGUGUAAUAAAAAAAAAUGUAAAACUGAAUUGUAUAUGUACUUUGUACCAAGAAAAUAAUAUUUUCACCCUAGUGACCUCACUAACUACUUUAAAUUUUUUUUCUUAAGUUAGAUAAAAAUAAAAAAUAGGAUAGGAGAAAAGAUUUGUAUUGGGUGAGAUUUCUGCCUAAAUGAGACUAUCAUCAGGGUAAUACAAGUUAUUUUUCCAGACAGAACAUGUCAGCUAUUGAACUAAUAAACAGUUCCUCCUAAUAA